AUGGCGUGCACGGCUACCGUUGCGGCCACGGCCACGCCACCGCCGCCGUCGGUGUCGAUGCCGUGCGUCUCUGUCAGCAACUCCACCGAUGUGCUCAUCAUUGCCGAUAUGCAGGUUGACUUUCUGGUGCCCGGCGCCCCUCUCCUUGUCAAGAGGGGGGAGUCCCUGCUGGCUGGCAUCAACGCUGUUUCUGCCAGCCUUCCGUUCCGCUACCAGGUGGCCACGCAGGACUGGCACCCGGCAAACCACUGCUCCUUCAUCGCCCAGGGCGGCCCGUGGCCGCAGCACUGUGUUCAGGGCUCGGCGGGGGCACAGCUCCAUCCAGGGCUCCGCACGGAGCGCGUCAACACGAUUAUACGCAAAGGCGUCUCGCAAGAGGUAGACAGCUACUCCGCCUUCCUAGACGACAAUGGGUCGCCGACGGGCCUCGCCGGGCUGCUACACUCGAUUGGCGCUCGCCGUGUGUUUGUCUGCGGGGUGGCUUACGACUUCUGCGUCUUCUUCACAGCAAUGGACGCGUGCAAGAGCGGCUUCAAGGUCGUGUUACUGGAGAACUUGACGGCCGCCGUGGACGACGCGGCGUGGCCGGCGCGAACAGAGGAGCUGAAGAAGGCCGGCGUUGUGCUGCUGCAGAGCUCCGCACUCGUGGCAAAUGGUUCACAGACGUGA